CAACGGUCUGGUUUUUCCUAUUAAAAUAAAGAAAGAUAUCUUUUUAUUAUCACUUUCGAUUGUGUCAGAUAUAUAGUACCGUCGAUAUCAGAUAUUGAUCAACUUCGAUUUAAGCAAUAUUAUUUUUGGAAACUAUCUCCUAUUGUCUUUGGAGUAGCUGAUCCAUGCUCUUCGGAAACCGUCAGUUGCUCAGUGACAUCCAUUGAGAGUGCUCGGUUAGGUGUUGUAAACAUACUUUUGUCAUACCCUUAGCAAAUUUGAAAAAAAAAAUGAUCCAAGUAAAAUCCAGGACAGUGUUAUGGUAUUAUGUCUUCGUGGGAUUUGCUGUAAAUUAUAUGAUAAGAAUCAAUGUUAACAUUGCAAUUGUGGAUAUGGUGUUGGAGCCUAAAGCGCUCAAAUCUAAAAAAAUCUCGAAUGAAUGUUUAGUCAAUGCUACAAGUGAUCUAAGCCCAACAAAGAUAGGACCGGAUUUGAAUACGGGCGGUUCGAAUUUAACUACUGUAUCUAAUAUUUUGGAAAAUUCAUUCAGUCAAAGUCACCCAGAGGAAAGCGAUAAAAAAAUCAAAUAUAAUUGGGAUGAAUCUAUCCAAGGAAUGAUCCUGGGAGCGUUCUAUUGGAUGCACUGGGCCACACAAUUUCCAGGAGGUGUAUUAGCAAAGAAAUAUGGUACAAAGCUAGUUUUCGGAUUGGGAAAUGUCAUAGCAUGUUGGAUGUGCUUCAUAGCUCCAAUGCUGGCCCGUUGGGAUUACAGAGCUCUGAUUAUCUUCCGAGUACUCCAAGGAUUUGUCAUUGGUGUUGCAUGGCCAUCAAUGCACAACAUGACAGGACAAUGGAUACCACCAAAUGAACGCAGUAAAUUCGUUACAGCUUACAUGGGUUGCUCUAUCGGAAUAGCGAUUUUCUACCCACUCUUCGGUUAUAUCAUAGAAUGGCUUUCUUGGGAAUGGAUAUUUUAUUCAAGUGGCAUAAUUGGAUCUGUAUGGUACAUAUUCUGGGUAUUAUUUGUAUUCGAUUCGCCAGCCCAACAUCCGCGAAUUACAAAUGAGGAAAGAGAGUAUAUUGAAGGAAGCUUGAAAGGUGUUGUGGAGCAACAGAAGUCGUUGGGCAAGGUGCCGUGGACAUCGAUUCUUACCUCGAAAGUAGUGUGGCUUAAUGUGAUUGCAAUGUGGGGUAGUAUUUGGGGAUUAUUCACGUUGAUGACACAAGCUCCCACAUAUUUUAAGUAUAUUCAUGGAUGGGGUAUAACUAUGACUGGUGUCUUAUCGGGAAUUCCUCAUUUAAUGCGAGUGAUAUUCGCCUACUGCUUUUCCACUUUUGGGGACUGGUUGCUACGAAAUGAUAAAAUGGAAAGAUCUUAUGUGAGGAAGUUGGCUACAUUCACAUGUUGUUGUGUAAACGGUUUCUUGGUCCUGGGGUUAGCUUAUUCAGGAUGCAAUUCAACCGCUGCAAUUAUUCUUCUCACAACAGCAACGGCUGUCCAUGGUGCUAUUACCACAGGUCCAUUGUCCAGUAUGGUUGAUAUCAGCCCAAACUAUGCUAGCAUUGUCUUUGGAAUCAGCAAUACUAUUACAGUGUUGCCGGGAUUCAUUUCGGCUGCAAUUGUAGGCUACUUAACUCUAGGAAAUCAAACCGUUACUAGCUGGAAAUAUGUAUUUUUCAUUGCUGCUGGCAUGCUAAUAAUAUGUGGAAUGAUAUAUGUUAUAUUUUGUAAGACCACUAUUCAAAGCUGGAACACAGCAAAGAAGGACGACGAUAUUGAAGAGAUGGAAAAGUUGAACUACAUCAAAAAUGAAGGAGCUGUAACAACAUACGAAUUUCCUCGAGGGCCCAAUACGAGGGCAAACUAUUAGUUUCAACCCAAGGUUCAGAAAAGUUUUUAAUAUAAUACUUGAAUAGAGAAAUUGUGAUAAGGUUACUAUAGUAGAUGUUAAAACGAGCCUGAAGUUUUUGGUCCAUAUAAUUGCCAGGAUCAGGAUAGGUUCAUUGGUGUGUUUAGAUCGAUCUGCAUUUUUUAGUAAGAAUUCGUCAGAACUGUUGUCCAGUAUAAGGAGAUCUCCUAAUAAGGCUUCCUGUAAGCGGAGUAGCACUGGACCUAGUAUUAAGGAUAGCAAUUAUUACAUGAAAUGAAAAACCUGCGUAAAA